CCCGCAUCUUAUCUUCUUCAGUCAGACUUUUGCUCUCUUUGAGAUAAAUAAUCUUACAUCUGUACUUUUAAACGCAACCUUAUCUCCAAUUUGUCACAAAGGAAUUUCGAAAAAUGCAAUCAGAAUGCAGCUGCGUUUUGUUUACUCUCGAAAUUCCUUGAAAACUUAUCGAAUGAACUAAAAAUCACUUUAUUCAAUAAGCUCGAGCUAAGGAAUAUAUUUUAAAGUGAGCGUACAAGAAACACCUCAGAAAAUGCUGCAUUUGUUUCUCCUCAUCGUCGUUGUUGGUAUAAUUUCCGGACAGAACAAUCAGCCGGAAAUCAACACACCUUUUGGGAAGAUCAUCGGAAAAUUGGUUUAUUUUUACAACAUUCCAGUAAAUACAUUUCAAAGCAUACCCUAUGCUAAACCACCAACGGGCGAGCUUCGCUUCAAAAAACCCCAACCCAUAGAACCAUGGCGAGAACCUCUUCUUGCUCAUAAAUUGCCUCCAGGUUGCGUUCAAUAUUCAGCGAAUCCUUCCCAAUGGUAUGACGAUCUACCUGGCAAAACACAGGAUUGCUUAUACUUGAACAUUUGGACACCUCAUACUGCCGGAUUAGAAGAAAAGAAAACUGUCAUGUUUUGGAUUCACGGUGGAGCUUUCCGAAUAGGUUCUAGUCGGCUGGAUUAUUAUGAUGGCACUGUCUUAACAGCUUUGGGAGAUGUUGUAGUCGUCACGAUGAAUUAUCGCUUAACUGCCGAAGGUUUCUUGUAUUCUGGAACUGAUGACGCUCCUGGUAAUAUGGGUUUAUUAGAUAUUUUGGAAGCUUUAAAAUGGGUUAAAUGCAAUAUAAAAUUCUUUGGAGGAGAUGAAAAUAAUAUCACUCUUUUUGGACAAAGCGCUGGAGCCAUAACGAUCGGAAUGUUCAUGACUUCGCCUCUGGCUCGAGGCCUUUUUGUUCGGGCCAUUUUACAAAGUGGAUCACCAGCAAAUCUGGAUGCUGAGGACAAUAGCAAAGAUUUCAAUUUAAGCCAAAAAAUAUCGGAAGCUGUGGGUUGCGCAUCUGAUGGAAAUUCGCUGAAAAACAAUCCUAAAGAAAUUUUACGCUGUCUGAGAGAUAAAGAUGCCCUAGAACUCGCCAGAAUUGAACUAAAUGUGAGUGACAAUCCUCAACGUGGUCUGUAUCCAAGAUAUGGAGAUGAUAUUUUGCCUUUUAAUGCUCGUGAAGCUCUAAUCAAAGGCAAAUUUGAAAAUAUUGAUAUCCUUAUCGGUAAUAAUCAUGAUGAAGGUUCACUUUUGAUUACUAAAGCAAUGAGAGAUACAUUUGGACUUUUCGGUGAAAAGAAUCCCAAGAUCAAUAAGACGUUCGGUGAACAAAUAAUAAGAAAUAAUUUCAAAAGUUUUGCAGAUACAGAUGCGGUAGUAAACCAUUACUUAGGAAACUUAAAUGAAGAUGACUAUGACAAAAUCCUUUAUCAGGUGCACACAGCAAGUGGGGACUAUGCAAGAGUAUGCCCAUCAGUUUACAUGGCUGAAAGCGUUGCUAAGAAAGAAAAUACAGUGCUAUACUAUUAUUUCGUCCAUAGAACAUCCUCUGCACCUUGGGCACCUUGGGUGGGUGUCCCGCAUUCCGAUGAAAUUCAGUACGUCUUUGGGUUCCCAUUGAGAUAUCCGUCUAAUUAUACUGAAAGUGAACAACUUUUGAGCCUUCAAAUGAUUAAAGUGUGGACAUCUUUCGCCAAAAGUGGGCCGAAGGAUCUAUUGAAAUCCUGGCCGCAAUAUACAAGACAGCAUCAUUAUUACUUUACUUUUGGUAACAGCCUAAAAUAUGAAGGAACAGGACCGCAUUUAAGAAACUGUGAAUUCUUUCGACCUUAUUUUGGAUUUUGAGUGACUUGAGAAGACUCAACAAAACAGCUUGCUUUUAAUAAACAAGACAGAAAGACUGAAAAGAGGAAAACAAAAUCCAUGCCUUGGCUUAUUUUGCAUAUUAUUUAACUGUUCAAUAAACUAUUUAUUUGUACUGAAAUACUGUAUUAUUAAUGUGU